ACACACCGCGUGUCCACACCCUCUUCCGGUCCGGGCUCCCGCGACUGCUCUCUGUGCUGUCGGUGGAUGCUGCGCCUCUCGGAGCGCAAUAUGAAGGUGCUCUUCGCCGCCGCCCUCAUCGUGGGCUCCGUCGUCUUCCUUUUGCUGCCGGGACCCUCCGUGGCCAACGAUAAAAAGAAGGGACCCAAAGUCACAGUCAAGGUGUUCUUUGAUCUCCAAAUUGGAGAUGAACCUGUAGGCCGAGUGACCUUUGGACUCUUUGGGAAGACCGUUCCAAAAACAGUGGAUAAUUUUGUAGCCUUAGCUACAGGAGAGAAAGGAUUUGGCUAUAAAAACAGCAAGUUCCAUCGUGUCAUCAAGGACUUCAUGAUCCAAGGUGGAGACUUCACCAGGGGAGAUGGCACAGGAGGAAAGAGCAUCUAUGGUGAGCGCUUCCCAGAUGAGAACUUCAAGCUGAAGCAUUACGGGCCUGGAUGGGUGAGCAUGGCCAAUGCGGGCAAGGACACCAAUGGCUCCCAGUUCUUCAUAACUACAGUCAAGACAUCCUGGCUAGAUGGCAAACAUGUGGUUUUUGGCAAAGUUCUAGAGGGCAUGGAUGUAGUGAGGAAAGUGGAGAGCACCAAGACAGACAGUCGGGACAAGCCCCUGAAGGAUGUGAUCAUUGCAGACUGUGGCAAGAUCGAAGUGGAGAAGCCCUUUGCCAUUGCCAAGGAGUAGAGUCUCAGGGACCCCAUCCCUCCAAGCGCCUGUACUGCAGGUCCCAUCACUACCCUCCAGGGCUGAAGGUAGCCAGUCACAGGCCCCGUACCACUCGGCCCCAAUACUUCCAUCUGAGGGGGUGGACUCACACCCCCUCACAUUCCACAGGCCUGGUUUUUAUAUCAAACUAUCAAUUCUGAUCAAUAAAAAAGGUGGGUUUUCUUUUUUUUAUAA